AGUUUCUUGGCUCGGUGCGCGGUGCUGCUACUCGGGCUGCGGCAGAGAUUUGGACUCUGAGUCAGACCCGGCGCUAAUGAGGAGGAAGAGGAUGAAUGUGCUGCCCUGGGCGUGUGCCAGGCUGCUCCUCCUGUCCCUGCUCUGCACCACCAGCGUCUGUCAAUGGAGCAAAAACAAUCGCUGUGUGCUGUCCCGGGCCAAGAGCUGCACCGAGUGCAUCCGCGUGGACAAGGACUGCUCCUUCUGCACCGACGAGAGCUUCGAGGAGCCGCGCUGUGACCUGCGGGAGAACCUGCUGCGCUCGGGCUGCGGCGAGGCCAGCAUCGUGUACAGCCAGGGGGAGAUGAGGACACUGAAGAAUUCCAGCAUCAACAUGUCCCUGCAGAGGACCCAGGUGUCCCCCCAGGCCAUGCACAUGCGGCUGCGCGCUGGCGAGGAGAUGAGCUUCUACAUGGAUGUCUUCCAGCCCAAGGAGAGCCCUGUGGAUCUCUACAUCCUCAUGGACUUCUCCUACUCCAUGUCUGAUGAUCUGGACAACCUCAAAAGCAUGGGGCAUAACCUAGCGGACUUCCUGCAAGCCCUGACUUCCAAUUACACCAUUGGAUUUGGCAAGUUUGUGGACAAAGUCUCAUCCCCUCAGACAGACAUGAGACCUGAAAAGCUGCGUGAGCCCUGGCACAACGCCGACUCGCCCUUCUCCUUCAAGAACGUCAUCCGCCUGACCAGCAACAUCAACCACUUCAGCCAGGAGCUGAGCAAGGAGCGCAUCUCGGGCAACCUGGACGCCCCCGAGGGCGGCUUCGACGCCAUCCUGCAGACAGCUGUGUGCAAGGAUAAGAUUGGCUGGAGAAAGGACAGCACUCACCUGCUCGUGUUCUCCACCGAGUCUGCCUUUCACUAUGAAGCUGAUGGUACCAACGUCCUGGCAGGGAUCCUGGCGAGGAACGACGAGCAGUGCCACCUGGACAGCCACGGCACCUACGUGUACGACACCAAGCAGGACUAUCCCUCAGUGCCCACCCUCGUGCGCCUCCUGGGCCAGCACAACAUCAUCCCCAUCUUCGCCGUCACCAACCACUCCUACAGCUACUACGAGAAGCUGCACAAGUAUUUCCCCAUCUCCGAGAUCGGGGUGCUCCAGGAAGACUCUUCCAACAUCGUGGAGUUGCUCCGCACAGCCUUUGAGCGCAUCCGCUCCAAGAUGGACAUUCGUGCUGACUUCACCCCCAGAGCCCUGAAGACAGAGUUCACCUCCCCAGAAUUUGAAAAGACAGAAUCUGGCUCCUUCCACAUCACCCGUGGAAAAGUGAGCAAGUUCCAGAUGCACGUGAAGGCUCUGGAGUACGUUGGAGGGCAGCACGUGUGCAGCCUCCCCGAGAGGGACCGGCACGGGGUCAUCCACGUGAAACCCACGUCCCUGAGCGACAGCCUGACCGUGUCCACUGCUGUGGUCUGCGACGUGUGUCCCUGUGAACAGCAACAAGAGUUGGACUCGCCCAAGUGCAGUUUCCACGGGAACUUUGUGUGCGGACAGUGCAUCUGCCACCCGGGCUGGCGAGGGGACACCUGCGACUGCUCCCCGGCGUCCUCCCCCAACAACGAGGGCUGCGUCCGGCCCGGGGACGCGGAGCCGUGCUCGGGCAGGGGCGAGUGCCUGUGCGGCAAGUGCCAGUGCUACUCCGAGGGACACAGCCCGCGCUUCGACGGCGCCUUCUGCGAGUUCGACGUCCUGCAGUGCCCACGCACCUCCGGCUUCCUCUGCAACGAUCGUGGCCGCUGCUCCAGGGGCGCCUGCGUGUGCGAGAGCGGCUGGGAGGGCCCGGGCUGUGAGUGCCCCACCAGCAACGACACCUGCAUCGACAGCCGGGGGGGCAUCUGCAAUAACCACGGCAGGUGUGAGUGUGGCAGGUGCAUCUGUGACAUGGCUUCGCUGUACACCAGCUCCACCUGUGAAAUCAGCUACUCCCUGGGCUUCCAGGCCGUGUGUGAGAGCAUCCGGGACUGCGUGCGCUGCCAGACCUGGGGCACCGGCAACCUGAAAGGGAACUGCAGCUCCUGCCACCUGCAGAUCCAGAUGGUGGAGGAGCUGAAGAAAGAGGAGGCUGGUGAGCACUGCUCCUUCCAGGAUGAGGAUGAUGACUGCACCUACCACUACACGCUGGAGGGAGACCCCAGCGUCCUCCCCAACACCACUGUCCGUGUGCAGAAGAAUAAAGAGUGCCCCCCUGGGAGCUUCCUCUGGCUCAUCCCACUGCUCAUCUUCCUCAUCCUGCUCCUGGGGCUGCUGCUCCUGCUCUGCUGGAAGUUCUGUGCCUGCUGCAAGGCUUGCCUGGCCCUGCUUCCCUGCUGUGCACGAGGUCGCACGGUUGGCUUCAAGGAGGAUCACUACAUGCUGCGGCACAGCCUCAUGUCCUCCGAGCACCUGGACACGCCGCUGGUGCGCAGCGGGUCCCUCAAGGGCCGGGACACGGUGCGCUGGCGGAUCCACAACAACGUCCACAGGCAGGGCAUCGCCUCCCCUGCUGCCGCCAGCCCCAAGGAGCUCGUUCCCUACGGGCUGUCCCUGCGGCUGGCCCGGCUCUUCACGCAGAACCUGACGAAACAGGACACGCGGGAGUUCGAGCAGCUGCGCAAGGAAGUGGAGGAGAACCUGAACGAAGUUUUCAAGCACAUUCCUGGCUGCCACAAGGUCCAGCAGACCAAGUUCAGGUUACAGCCUAAUUCUGGGAAAAGGCAGGAUCACACCAUUGUGGACACCGUGCUCACUGCCCCUUACUCAGCCAAGCCAGACAUCAUCAAAGCUGUGGAAAAACACGUUUCCCACGAGGCCUUCAAUGACCUGAAGGUUGCACCGGGUUAUUACACUGUGACCUCAGACCAAGAUGCUCAGGGAAUGGUGGAGUUCCAAGAGGGCGUGGAGCUGGUGGAUGUCCGUGUGCCACUCUUCAUCAGGGAUGAUGAUGAUGAUGAGAAGCAGCUGCAGGUGGAAGCCAUCGAGGUCCCCAACGGCAUCGCAAAGAUUGGGCGCAGGGUUGUCAACAUCACCAUCAUCAAAGAGCAAGCCAGCAGCCUCAUCACGUUCCUGCAGCCAGCCUAUUCCCACAGCCGCUUUGACAAGCUGGCCAAGAUCCCUGUCCUCAGGGAGAUCAUCGACAACGGGAAAUCCCAGGUCACCUACAGGACCCGGGAUCUCACCGCCAAGAACGGCAGGGACUACCUGUUCACGGAGGGCGAGCUGGUCUUCCAGCCUGGGGAGACCCGCAAGGAGGUGCAGGUGCCCUUGCUGGAGCUGACAGAGAUAGACACCCUCCUCAACAACUGCCAGCUCAAGCAAUUUGCUGUCGACCUCCUGCACCCCAAGUACGGCGCCAAGAUCGGCCGCUACCCCCAGACCACGGUGACCAUCGCUGACCCAGAGCUGGUGGAUGGUGUCCCCCCGAUGACAGGCCUGGCCCAGGUCCCUCAGUCCCCCAAAGGCCGCCUGGGUGCACCACUUAAUCCCGAUGCCCGUGCCCUCAGCUCCAGGGAAAUCAGCUUCAACUGGUUUCCUCCACCAGGAAAACCCCUGGGCUACAAGGUGAAAUACUGGAUGCAGGGAGACCCCGAGUCAGAAGCCCAUCUCAUUGAUGUCAAAACCCCACCAGCAGAGCUGACCAACCUUUACCCCUUCUCCGACUAUGAGAUGCAAGUCUGUGCCUACAACGCCGUGGGAGAAGGGACUUACUCGGACAUCAUCCGCUGCCGCACGCUGGAGGAGGUGCCCAGCGAGCCCGGCCGCUUGGCUUUCAACGUCGUGUCUUCCACGGUGACCCAGCUGAGCUGGGGCGAGCCCGCAGAGACCAACGGGGUGAUCACAGCCUAUGAAGUCAGCUAUGGCCUGGUCAAUGAGGACAAUGUGCCCAUCGGGCCCCUGAAGAAGGUGCUGGUGGAAGAGCCCAAGAAGCGCGUGGUGCUGAUCGAGAACCUGCGCGAGUCGCAGCCCUACCGCUACAUGGUGAAGGCCAGGAACGGCGCGGGCUGGGGGCCACAGAGAGAAGCCACCAUCAACCUCGCCACGCAGCCCAAGAGACCCAUGUCCAUCCCCAUCAUCCCUGAUGUCCCCAUCAUUGAUGCAGAGGGAGGUGAGGACUAUGACAGCUACCUGAUGUACAGCGCAGACGUGCUCCGCUCUCCAGCCGGCAGCAAGAGGCCCAGUGUCUCUGAUGAUUCAGGCUCCAGGUGGAAAUUUGUGCCGUUGCUGGGGGAAGACCUGGACCUCCGCCGCAUCACCUGGAGGCUGCCACCCGAAACCAUUCCCCGCCUGUCUGGCAGCAGCCGCCUCUCCUCGGACACCGAGGGGCUCCUCCCCGAGGAGGACAGCGCUGCGGCUGCUGGCACUGCGAGGAGGAGCGCCACGCCCCGGCCCCAAGCAGAGCACUUGAUGAAUGGCCGGGUGGACUUCUCCUUCCCCGGCAGUGGCAGUGGCACCCUGACCAGGACAGCCAACACCAGCUACCACCAGCUGAGCUCCCACGUGCACCAGGAGCACAGGGUGAUGGGCAGCUCCUCGCUGACCAGAGACUACUCCACAAUGCUGAUGGGGCACGAUUACCCAGGGACACUCCUCCCUCCCAUCCGUGAAGAUGCUGGGAGGACACUCCGGCCCCGGGACGUGGGUUUCAGGAGCAGGGCAAAGGUGAAGGGUUACUACCCCAGCAUUGGCUGUCGGGACUCUAUAAUCAUGACUGAUGGGUCCACAGGGAUGUGCAAGUUCAUAGACUCCAGGAAGCCCCUGGGCAUCCCUGACACCCCCACCCGCCUGGUGUUCUCUGCCCUGGGCCCCACGUCGCUCAAGGUGAGCUGGCAGGAGCCGCGCUGCGACAAGGAGGUGCGGGGCUACAGCGUGCAGUACCAGCUCCUCAGCGGAGGAGAUGUGCAGAGGAUCGCCAUCCCCAACCCCAGCCAGAACUCGGUGGUGGUGGAGGACCUGCUGCCCAACCACUCCUACAUCUUCAAGGUGAAGGCGCAGAGUGAGGAGGGCUGGGGCCCCGAGAGGGAGGGAGUCAUCACCAUCGAGUCCCAGGUGGACCCGCAGAGCCCGCUCAGCCCCGUGCCAGGUACCCCCUUCACCCUGAGCACCCCCUGUGCCCCCGGACCCCUGGUUUUCACUGCCCUCAGCCCGGAUUCUCUGCACCUCAGCUGGGAGAGGCCCCGUGAGCCCAACGGGCCCAUCCUGGGCUACAGGAUCACCUGUGAGAUGCUGCAUGGAGGAGGGGAGCCCAGGACAAUCUAUGUCGAAGGAGACAACCUGGAAACCACCCUGACUGUGCCCCACCUGAGUGAGAAUGUCCCAUACAAGUUCAAAGUGCAAGCCAACACCACCCAAGGCUUCGGGCCUGAGAGAGAAGGCCUCAUCACCAUUGAAUCUCAGGACAGAGGUGCUUUCUCCCAAUUUGGAGGACAGCAGUACAUGAGAGAAGUUUACAAAUUCCCCACUGACUACACCACCAAAACCAGCAUCAGCCAUUCCUCUCUGGAUCCCCACUUCACAGACGGGAUGCUGGUGACCACGCAGCACGUGGAGAGCUCCAGCAGCACCCUGACCCAGGAGUUUGUGAGCCACACGGUGCUGGCCAGCGGGACCCUGAGCCAGCAGCUGGAGAGGCAGUUCUACGAGGCCUGA